AUGAAGGACAUUUUUCCCUUCAGGCAAAAUAUAAGAUCUCUGUUACAUCUAAAGUCAUCUCUUCUCAGUUGCGCAAAGAUGGCUCUGGCAAGCGGGCACUGGGUACAAAGCAACAUCGGUGGAAAUCCACCAAAACCCAGGUAUGGACAUGCGUUAACAGUUGCAGGAAACGUUGCAUUUAUAUUUGGAGGCUGUGCAAUAAGCAGCAUUCCGGAUGGAGAGCCAGUGUAUUUAAAUGAUUUUCAUAUGCUGACAAUUACUCCAAAUGAUUCAACUUGGGAAGAGAUCCCACAAAGUGGACACAUUCCAUCUCCUAGAGAAGGACAUGAUAUUUGUGUUGUGAAAAGACACAUUUAUUUAUUUGGAGGUCGCUCUGACCAAAAUGCAGAUGAAUGUCUCCCAGGAACAUAUUUAUUUGACAUAGGUACUUUAAAAUGGGAGCUACUAAAAACUAGUGGAGCAGCACCCAAGACAUUAAAUCACAGUGUUGCAGUUGUUGGUGAAAAUUUAUUUGUUUUUGGUGGAAUUUGCCAUGGAAGAGUUGUAGAUGACCUUUUUUUGUUCAAUACAGUAUCGGAGAAUUGGGUGCCAGUUAAAACAUCUGGCUGUGUGCCUGAAGCAAGGAUGGGUCACAGGUUUGUUGCAGUCGGUGAGCACAUAUAUAUGUUCGGAGGCUGCACAGGAGAUUCUGUUUACUGCAAUGAUACAUUCAUGCUGGACACAGCUAGUUUGGUAUGGAAACGGUGUGAAGUCAAAGGAGAGAAACCAAGUGGACGAAUAUAUCCUACAUUUACAGCACACCAUGAUAAGGAUAUAUAUCUCUUUGGAGGAAUUCAAGAAUCUGAUCAUGGAGCCAAAAUAUUAAAGGCUAACAUCAUGAAGUUAAGUCUGGCAAAGAUGAAAUGGAAGGUCCCACUAUAUUUUGGAAUUCCUCCAUCUUGCAGAUAUAAACACACAGCCUUUGUACUGCACAGUCAGCUAUUCAUAUUUGGAGGAACAAAUGAAGAAACCGAUUUUAAUGAUGUCAUGGGGAUGAGGCUCAUUAAUCCCUCAGAUAGGCAGCCAAUCAUGAAGGACAUUUUAUUAGAGUGUGGAAUUCAAGGGGUAAGCAAUGGAUAUACCCCAACAAAAAUUCCUAAAGUGAAGUACAAUCUUACAAUACCGCAACCACCAAGUAUCAGUUUUCCAGCAUUUAUCUCUGAUAUUCAAGACCACAGCUUUACCUCAAUACGUAAACAAGCCAUGGAAAAGAUAACAUCUGCCUUUGCCUUACUAGACUCAGAAUUUGAAAAAUUUGAUCUUGAAAAAGCAAAGCUUGCCCACGCACAAACUGCAUUUCAGCAGGAAAAAGAGGAAUUCAACAGGCAGUACAAGGCCCAGCAACAGGAACUUCGAGACAUGCUGGAAAAACACAAGGCACAAAAUGAAGCAUGGCUCAAAGCAAGGGCAGAUGAAAAUGACAAAGAAAGAAAGGAAAUUUGCAAGCUAAGAGAAGAUAUUUUUAUGGAACAGAAACAUUUGAAAGAAGAAAGACAGAUAGUUGAAAAACGCAAUCAGCAGCUGAUUACAAUCAUGCAACAAUUCAAAGGAAUGUGAUUGCUUAACUGACAAUCAAUAUUUUACCUUAUUACUAUAUGCAAAGUAUGAAUUCAUAUAACUGUAUAUCAAUUCACAGUAAAGGGCACAAAUUGGAUGACAGA